AUGUGUCUGGUUCACGAGCUCAUCCCGACGGCGACCAAGCAUGAACAUCCGGAGCCGCCUCUGGGCAACUUGUCAGGCACCUACGUCUGCCCGAGCCCUGUCAUGGCGUUGAGGCCACAAAUCGGUGUCGUGUUUCCUCUCGCCUUGUCACUCCGGCGUUCGGUGCCAACUAAAGCCGGGCGAAAGCCUGGUGUUCGUGUAAAUGCGACCGGCGACCGUGCCGAGAAGGAAGCCCAUCGGGGCCGGAAUGUUGCCGUGGCUCUUGGGCACAAAUUCCGCGACUUUAAUUAUCAAGGACCGACAUGA